AUGGAUAAGAUGGGAAUAAUAAUUCUUGGCAAUAGUGGGGUUGGAAAGAGCUUUCUUGGAAAUAUUAUAUUAGGACAAGAGAGAUUCAUACACGACUUUGACUGUAAAGCCGUAACAACCAAAACGGAAUAUGCAGAAGCAAAUCUCAACGGUCGUCUUUGCGCUGUUUACAAUAUUCCCGGUCUUAUUGAAGCUGAUCAGGAACGAAUUGAUUUAAAUAAACGUGAAAUCGCACGAGCGUUUCAACAACAUCCGUACUCGGUUGUAAUGUUUGUCUUUGGACAUUCAGGUGGGCGUCCCAAACAUGAAGAUAUUGUUGCAUUUAAUGCUAUCAACAAAGCAUAUCCAUUCAGUCAAAAAUCAUUACUCGUUGUUGUUAAUAAUCUACCACUAACACGCAGAACCGGUUAUGACAACAACAUGAAAGAGCAAUUAAUUGAUCAUCUUAAGAUGCAUCUGCCACAUUUUGAAUGUGUUAGUGAAACCGAAACUGCUGAAAAAAUACAAGUUGUCAGAAAACAAUUGAUUCAAAGUAUUACCGGUGCACUGCCAAAAAUUCACGAGAAAAAGCACGACAUUGAUCUACAAGCAGAUCAAAUUUCUGCGCUAAUGAAACAAGUGUCAGAAUUUCAAAAACAAAUUGAACAAAAUCGUGCUGCACAUGAAGCACAAGUAAAACAAUUACAGAGGGAAUUUGAAGAAAAAGAAAAACAACGACUUGCUGAACAAAAGCAAAAGGAAUUGGAAAUGCAACUUGAGCAAGAAACAAAUCGUGCGGCAUACGAAGCAGAAAUGAGACGACAGCAGACGAAAAAUGAAGAAAGUCAAAGAAAACUAUAUGAUGAAUUUGAAAAGAGGGAAAAACGAUGGCAUGAUGAGCAAGAGAAUAAAGAUAAGGCACACCGAAAGCAACUAGACGAACUAACGGAAAAACAGGCAGACAUGGAAGAAAAAUUAAAGGAACCACCACAAAAAUCUACCGUGGGUCAACGUCUUAUCAGAAGUGCAAAAGCUGCAAUAACCGGUGCUUCAAUGGGAGGAGCCGCAGGAGCAGGUGUAGGAGCUGGAGCUGGCACAGUGGUACUUCCAGUUGUCGGUACAAUGGCUGGUACAGCAGCUGGUGGCCUGAUUGGUAGUAUCGGAGGCGCUCGAAAGUUGUUCGUUAAUAAUGUCAGAUAUAGACCGAGAAAGUCUUGAAGGUUGUAGAUAGUUUUAAAAAAAAGUAUGUCAAUAGGGGGAGAAAAGUAAAAAGACAACGUCAUUUUUGAAAAGUGCAAUUACUGCAGGUUUUACUUCUUUAGUGCAUGGUGAUUAGCCCUUGUGCCAUAGUGUGCAAAAUCCAAGUUGAUGCGCAAGAGCACGCCAGCGUCAGACUGAACAUUGAUUGCAGUUUUUUUUAAACUUUUCUUUCGAACCUGUAUGACUCAUUAGUAAAAUAAACCAAGAUAACAGAUUGAGACAAAUAUCGUCGAAAUUUUUUUUACAAGGAUGUGAGUGGGGGUGUGGUUGUGGGGUGUGUAUAGCUAUAACAAUACAAUAGGUAUUUCGAUGUUGCUGAAAUUAAAAUCUGAUCAAGUGGCAAAAGUACUAGUUUAAAAGAUCCAAAACAAAAGUUUUGGGUGUGGGUGUGUGGGUGUGGGUGUGUGGGUGUGGGUGUGUUGGUGUGGGUGUGUGGGUGUGGGUGUGUGGGUGUGGGUGGGUGUGGGUGGGUGUGGGUGGGUGUGGAUGUCGGUGUGUGGAGUGUGGGUGUGUCUCUUCCAAGGGGGAAAAAACUCAUUCGCGGGCAUUCGAAUGGAGGAGAAUGAAUGAGAAUGGGCGGGAAUGGAGGAGAAUGGAUCGGAAUAAUCAGAGAAAUUCAGAAGUAAUUUCAUGUAGUACAAAAUUAGCUAUAUUAACUAUUGAAAUGUUAAGAGCGGUCCGACAAAACCCAACCCUUCACUUCCUCGCAGUGUCGGAUGGUAACGUCGUUUCACGACGGCUAAGUUGGGCUCUGGUAAGCAUCUCAGGGCUAGUCACCCGAGAUGACCUUCACAAUGACUCCGAAAACAAUAAUCGAAGAACCCAUUCCGGGCAACAGUCUUUCAUCUCGUCGUAUGCAUGCGAGGAUUUCACAAAAAUCCGAGCCUAUGAUAAGGCAGGCACCUGUCUUUGAGAAAGCAUCGACGACUCGAAAAAACACAAAUAAAAACAAAAAUAAAAAUAAAAAUAAAAAUAAAAACAAAAACACAAAAAAUACAAAAACUCAUCACAAUUCCAUCACAAUAUCCACCUACAACGUGCGUACUCUCAAACAAACUGGAAAACUUCACCAACUUAUAUACGGAUGCAGCAAAAACAACAUCGAUUUGGUAGCAAUUCAAGAACAUCGUUGGCAAACAACAGAACAAAUCAAUACGUGCUAUACAAUACUCAAUGAUCAAAUCUGGCGAUUUGAAUAUUCUUCAGCAACCUCAGAUGGACAUGGUGGCAUAGGAUUACUCAUAAAUCCCAGAAUGUCAGCAUUUUUCAACUCAUCAGAAAAAGUAUCAAAUCGCAUUAUGAUGGUGCACUUUAAUAGGAAUCCAGCAACAACAAUCAUCAUUGCAUAUGCGCCUACGGAAGACAAAAGUGAUAUCGAAAAAGACACCUUCUACAAUGAUCUGCAACAAUGUACGCUCGACGUCCCUCCACACAACGUCCUGAUUCUUGCUGGUGAUCUCAACGCAAGAAUAGGAACCGACAGUCAUACAACAAAUCCACAAACAAUUGGUAGAUACACAUACCAUCAAUUAACCGACGACAACGGCAACCGACUUAUCAACUACUGUGAAACUUGCAACAUGCGAUCAACACAAACACGGUUUCCACACCCAAAGUCAAGAUCAUGGACCUGGCUACAUCCAAAUGGUAAAUCCAAAGCUCAAAUUGAUCACAUACUCAUAAACGGGAAAUGGCUAAACUCAAUUCGAAACGUACGUGCGUAUAACACAGUUGAAUUGAACUCCGAUCAUCGCAUUGUCAGCGCUAAAUUAUCAAUCAGCCUUCGAGCGCCGAAACAAAACAAAAACAAAAACAAAAGGAUCAAAUUUGACUGGAACAAACUCAAAACCAACUCCAUACUACAAGCCCAAUUCAACAUUGAAGUACAAAAUCGAUACGAAAUCCUACAGAACAUCAACACAGACUACGACAUACAAACAAAAUAUGACAAUUUCGUAACUAGUAUACAAGACACAACAGAAAAACUCAUUGGAAAAACAACUCGGAAAAAACAGAAAAACUGGGUUUCAACUACUACUAUCGAUCUUCUGGAAAAACGAAACAGCGCCAAAUCCAAAUUCAAACAACAACCAAACAUAGAAAAUAAAAAUCAUUGGCACAUACUCAACAAACAACUCGACGAAUCGUACAACAACGACAAAAUCAACUUCUUAGAAGAUAAACUAGAACAGCUCAAACAAGCAAUGGUAUCAAAUCAUCUAAGAACAACAUGGACCCUGAUCGACGAAAUCAGUGGAAAACGCACAAGCUACAGCACAUCAAAAAUCAAACGAAAAGAUAGUACAAAAAUUAACUCAACCAAUGAACUUAUGCAUGAGUGGAAAACAUAUUUCGAAGAAUUACUUAACGUUAAAACAAACAUCAAUCUAAACACUCAAGCAAUACCACCAGCUCCUGAAGACCUACCAAUCAACCAAGGUCCAAUAACAAUCAACGAAGUGGAACAAGCAAUCAAACAAUUAAAAGACGGAAAAUCUCCUGGAAUUGACUAUUCAAUAACACCUGAAGUACUGAAAUAUGGUGGUAGAUGGAUUAUGAAUCAACUUUGUAACAUAUGCAAUGAAAUCUACAACAAUCAACAAACACCAAGACAAUUCAACACCAACAUCAUAAUACCAAUACCAAAAAAGGCGACAAAACGCUUAUGACGAACUACAGAGGCAUUAGUCUUAUGUCAGUAGCAGCUAAAACCUAUAACCGAAUCCUGUUAAACAGAAUAAGAGAACCACUUGACUCGAUUCUAAGGGUAAACCAGGCAGGUUUCAGGAAAGGACGAAGUUGCAAUGAUCAGAUUCAUGUCAUACGUAGAAUUCUAGAAAGCGCAAUCGAUAAACAACUUCCAAUCUACAUAACCUUCGUAGACUUUAAAAAAGCCUUCGACUCAAUCAAUAGAAAAACAAUGUUCAACAUCUUAAGGCAUUAUGGGGUGCCUACUAAAAUAGUAUGUGCAAUCGAAAACAUAUAUCAUAAUACCAAAAGUGUAGUUCUCGUAGACGGCAACGUCUCUGAAGAAUUCGACGUAACGACUGGUGUUCUUCAAGGAGACACCUUAGCACCAUUCCUUUUCAUAAUAGUGAUCGACUACGUAAUGAAAAAUGCUCAAUUAGAUCACACAAACGACAAGGGAGAACAUGGCUUCGUAACAAACAAGAGACAAUCCAGUCGACAAUCACCAACAUGUAUACAUGACCUUGACUUCGCCGACGACAUAGCUCUCCUGGAAAAUAGUUUUGAUAGAGCACAAUCACAGCUCGUUCAAACAGCGAAGAGGGCUAGCGAAGUGGGUCUACAAAUCAACAUCAAGAAAACUCAAGCAUUAACCAACCAAAACACAAACAACCAAACAAUGCAACUUGAUGGACAGAACAUUGAAUGGGUUGACAACUUCAAAUACCUCGGUUCAAUGAUGUUAUCUACCACCACAGACAUCAAAGUACGAAAAAGCCAAGCGUGGAAAGCCUUUUGGAAAUUGAAAAACAUAUGGAAAUCAACAACAACACCAAUCAAACUCAAAAUUAAUAUAUUCAAAACUUCAUGCCUUUCAAUACUAUUAUAUGGAUGUGAAAGUUGGAUAAUUACAAACAAGCUCGAGAAUACCUUAAACAGUUUCGCUACUAGCUGUUAUAGGGUAAUGCUCGGCAUCAAACGAACCGACAAGAUUAAAAACAACACCAUAUACGAAACAAUCAAAGAAGAACCUUUAAGGCCCACCCCCCACCCAAAAAAAGUUGAUUUCUGUCAAAUUUAUCGAUUUUUUUUUUAAUAGCGCAUGUGAUAGAGCAUCACGCCCGCUAUCGAAUGCACUAUAGUUUAUUUUGUUUACGACGGUUUUUCAUGGUUUUACAGAGGUUUUUCUUAAAACCUUUACCCAUGAAAAAAGACGUCUUUCGAAUAAUUCAAUUUUUUUUGCGCAUUUCAACUUGUAACGGUAAAAUAUAUUUCUUUCUAUUGUACAGAAUGUUGUCUUGACUUUGAUUCUAUCACGUAGCGAGAUAUAUAUUUGUUUUUCUUUUACGUUUGUUCUCUAUACUUUCAUCGUGUUUGCUUUGAUCCAAAAACAGAAUUCGAAGUAUACGAAAGAAAAAAGUAAUACGAAUCUUUUAAACAAAUGAGCAGCAAAGAUAUUCGUCAGAAAAAGAAAAGCAGAAGGUCUAUUAUGAGGCAAAUCCGAUCACAGCAAGUGAAAAGCAAGAGAAUGGAUUCAUCAUAAUCGUCAUCAUCAUCAUCAUCGUCAUCCCCAUCGGUAAAUAUAGAUGAGGCGGAUGACUUAUUGGAUAUCAAUUUAAUUAUUCACAUGAAAUCUUUGAUUUCAUUGAUGAAACAAACUUUAUGUUCCGAAUGUAUAUGAAGCAGGUGGUGAUGAUUGAUUACAGAAAAAUAAUCAACAUUAUCUCAGAUUUUAAAAAUACUACUUAUUUUAUUAUCAUAUCAUUCAUUAUCACAUGUUAUUUCCUAAAAUCUGGUUUUUAAGAUCAUUUCGAUGAACUUUCUAAUAAAUUUUUGUCGUAAUAUCUUCACCUAUAAUGAGCUCAAAGUGUCUUUUAUUAUUUAAGAUGAUCGAAAAACACUAUAACUGGAUGAAAAGUCAUGAAAUACACUUCUAAAAAGUAUUUUGCGUUUUUCUCGAAAUGAGAUUUUUUGAUUUUACGUUUUCGUGCGUCCCAGAUUUCUCCGCCAUUUUGAAAGCUAGAAAGUUCGGGUUUGUUUUAAAAUGUAGUCAACACUUGGGGCUAUAACUUAACAUAGCCCGAUUUUUCGAUUUCAUGAUAGAUGUCAGAUGAGGGGCAAAUGUUUGAGAAUCUACACCCUACUGAUUUCAUAUCAUGACGUAGAAGUUCUCUAAAAACUAAGCUAAAGAAAAAUUAAAAAAAUCGGACUCUGUUAAGUUGUAGUCCCAGAUAUUGGCUACAUUUUAAAACAAACCCGAGCUUUCUAGCUUUCAAAAUGGCGGAGAAAUCUGGGACGCACGAAGACCUAUGUUUUGGACCUUAAUGUUACGCUAUCUCCUGGAAUCCUUAAGAUUUCAGGCUGAAAUUUUUAUCACAAGGUGCCCAGCCCAAGAUACAUCUACUCUGAAAAUUUCGUUAAGAUUCGAUGUUCUAUGACAAAAAUAAAAUUUUGGGUGGGGGGUGGGCCUUAACACAAACAAUACAACGACGACAACUACGCUUCAUUGGACACUG